AUGAAGACUGACAAUUAUCUCACGCUUUGCCUCGAGCAGGCUGCCAAAUCCCCCCUCCACUUCCGCCAUGGCUGUAUCAUCGUCCGAGGUGGUAAGAUAAUUGGCCAGGGCUAUAAUGACUAUCGCCCGGGUUUCAACGGUGGUACCGUGAAGUCUGGCCGAUUGCCUACGCGUUCCGUUACCAGCCUCCAUGCGUCGAACUCAAAGAAAGCUGCAAAGGACCAGUACAAAAUAAACCCGAGUUGUAAUGCUGGAAGCAAUUCCAGCAAGGGAACAUUUACGCCCUUUGAAACCACGGGUUCUGGUGUCCAGGCCAACACUCCCCUAUUCAUGCACAGCGAGAUGAUGGCCAUCCACUCUGCGCUUUCCGCCUCCACCACGCACGCCUCCAGCUCUCUGUCGUCUCAAAAACCGAAUGUCAAACUACAGGGUGGUUCUAAACGAAAAUUACGACAGCAACAGCAACAAGCACUCAAAGUCUCCAAACCUAAACCUCAACCUACUGUAAUCACCACCGGCCGUCCGAGAGGAUCCACUCGCUCCCUCUCAGACCGCAAAAAGUACCCCCGACUCCACGGAGCGGAUCUUUACGUCGCCCGCCUAGGCUACAAAUCCGCUGCCACGCCCGCAAACUCAACUCCUUGCUGCACCACCGCAGAAAUUGAUAUCCCAACAAAUCCCUCUCCAUCAGCUACUCCCCACCGAAAGACUGGUUCCCUGCACGAGGAACUAACUCAACCUGGCCCUCCAACAAGCAGCACCCCACCACCCCCCGCAACAGACUUCUCUGACGGCCCCUCGGUCCUUGCCUCCCGUCCCUGCUACCGCUGCAUAUCGUGCAUGGCCACUGUAGGCAUCAAGCGCGUAUUCUGGACGACCAGCAGUGGUGCAUGGGAAGGAGCCAAGGUGCGCGAUCUCGUCGAUGCCAUGGACAAUCUUGCUGCCGCUCAUGGGGGAAAGGGGGAUACGAAUGAUGGGAGUGUGGGCAGUUCAGCGAUCAAGGACGUGUUUGUCACGAAGCAUGAGGUUCUGAAGUUGAGGCGGGCGUUGAGGAUGGGGUAA